GUACACAGUGAUUGAUGACGAUGACGUUGAGGGUACAGAGGAACUCACCGUCACAUGGAUGGGGGUGGAGCCUCAUGUGGAGCCUGGUGUCAAAUCUGCUACAUUCACACUCACCAUUCUAGACAACGAACGUAUGUCAACCAUUUAAAGAGGCUUAUCUGAGAAGUAGCUAGCUGCAGUUCAUUUGCUAUCCACCGUAUAAUACUGAUUGACAGUGUAGAGUGCACACGAUUGCCAUAAGAAAGAAUGGAUGAAAGGUUGGCAAGGCACACAAGAUUACUAUGUAUAGCCAAAGAAGUAUUGCGUAUUAACUUUUAGGUAAGCCUAGAAAUGUGGUAGUUGUUUUAUUACUAGAAUGAAUGCAGGCCAUUUUUAAUGAGUGACAUGAGUCACACGCAGGCAGGGCACUGCGUGGGGCAUUCUAAAGUAGACAAAACUGCAAAAAAUGCAAUUGAAAGCACUCAGGGGUGGAUCAGUGGUGAUAUUACCUAUACAGAAGUCAGAAUUCGUCUUGUGGAUCAGAGGAGUGGGCUAGAGAGAGUGAAUGCAAAGUCAGGUCUGGUAGAGGUGUUGUGGGGCUCAGAGUGGAGGUCAGUGUGUGAUGAUUACUGGACAUAUGAGGCUGCCAAUGUAGUCUGCCGACAACUUCGUUUCUUGGGAUUUGGUGCUACACCAAUUCUCAGGGGCUUCUUCAAUGCGGAUGAGCCCGAACGAUACUGGCUGGAUGAUGUUAAGUGCGAAGGAUAUGAGUCAUCUCUGUUUGAUUGUCCACACAGAGGUUGGGGGGUCGAUAACUGUGGUCAAACAGAGAGAGCUGGAGUACAGUGCCUCAAUGAGAGUGACAUUGACGUACGUAUAGCAGAUGAUGGUGACAUUUUUUAUCUAUCUGGUGCUGUUGAACUGAGGAUGGGUAAUGAGUGGAGGUCACUGUGUUGUAACCACUGGACUAGCGAGGAUGCCAAAGUAGCUUGUAGGGAACUUGGCCACUCCGCUGAAGGUGCCAUAACUAUUGAGGCUAAAGCUGAGAAUGGUACCAAUUACUGGUUCGAUCAUGUUAACUGUGAUGGAGACGAAGAGAAUCUGUCUGCCUGUACUUACUUACGAUCCACGGAGUGUAAGAAAGGAGUCAGGGCUGGGGUGACUUGCCUUGCAGCACCUUCGAGUGGUGCGUUUGAAAACUGAUCUCCAAUUCUUCGAUACUAUAAUAAUAAUUGUACGUGCACAAAUAACACUCAUGCUAAGUUGACAUCGGCCAACAUUUAUAGUUACACAACUGGUGUAUUUUCUCUGUAACCCCAAAUUUUUUUCCAGAUUGAUAUAUUUUUUGCUGUUACAACGAAUCACAUGCACUUGUAUUAGCUCUU